AAUAACAAAAUAAAGAAAAAAGUAAGCGUUUUAAUCUGUAUAUGAUUGAUUAUACACUUUUUCGCUGCAUUAAAUUUAAGUACAAAUCAACUUACAUCGAAAGUAUUUGACAUAACGACACUCUUAUUUUCUUUUGCACUUGUAUCGUUAUUUUCCAUUUAAAAACGCUUCACUUUGGAAUUCCAAUUCGUCAAAUGCUAAAGUUUCUCCCGUCUUGUUCCUCACAUUUGAAAAGAGGGAAAGGAUACAGGCUACACUUCCACACGCAGUGCAAAUAUACUCGCGCGUACGUAUUCGAAACACAAACGCUAACUGGAGUGUACACACGCGUCGUUGGCUCGUGAGCGAUAAGCCGAGGAAAACGAAAGUGAGGUGGGUCGGGUUGAAUUGUAUCGAAUCCCGUGAGACCGUAUCCUUGGCCUGCGAUCGAGCUGCCUCGGUAUUCCGGCAGUAUACCGCUAAUUAUACAGUCAAGAAGGCAUUUAAUUCACCGCGUUGGACUCGAGGGCCUUUUCACUCGGCGCAUUCUAAAAUUUAUUAACGAUGGAACGUACAUUACUGUCACUUAUUUCCUGAAAUCUCGCGUACACAAUUCAUAGCGAAUAAAUUGCGGAGAUUUCAAUGCGGGAACUCGACGCUGCACGCGCUGGAGAUUUCAACGCUCGGAAGACGCGUUGAGGGAACGUCAAUGUUCUGAUAUCUCAAUGUAUCGCCGUUAUCCAUACAUAUUUUCGAAUGCGUCUACAUUUUUUUACAUUUGUAAAUAGAAUAAAAUUUCGCACUUAAAAACACUAAUUGAAAUUCUACCGGGGAAAAGUAAAUGAAAAGUAAAUGAAAAGUAAAUUUUUGCUGCUGGAACGUAUCUUUCUUGGAUUAGCCUGUAUAUCUGUCGUACACCUGAACCUGGUCGUAGUAUGUCGAACAGAGAGGCACCGUUAUCGCUUACGAUACGUUCUUGCAGCACGAAUAGCAGUUGUCCGCUUCUCGAUCCUUUCUGGGAUACAGACGGCGCACCAAAUUGCAUAUCUGUACAUAAAACUUGCCUUAAAGAUGCGGAACACGUUCGUCUUUAUGAGCAGCUUUGCCGUCCCAUUAGAAUAACAAUAAUAAUGACUCGCUUAUUAAGCCCCUUUGGAAAACAGACGUCAAUUGUCCACUAUUAACCUCGCGAUGCCUAACCAGAGAAUUGUGAGGAUUCCAUUAACAUACUUGCGUUUCUAGACUUCGAGAGACACGGAGAUUCUCGUUUUAUAUCACAUUUUAUACUUCAAAUGAUUAAAACGCAUCGGCAAUGAGUUUUACACGUCUAGAAAUCACUAUAUAAAAUAAAAUUAUGAAUCGAUGAGAGUCAAUAAAGAAUGAUUGUUAAGUGGAAUUGCGUGAAUACAGGCUCUUUCUUGCCUCGUCCCGAGUCAUGCUCACGAUCCUUAGUUACGGUUAUCGAGGAAGGUUGCGAAAAAGUCGCAGAUUACAUAAUGAGAGUGCACGCACGUGUCUUACUUCCGUACAGGAAAAAUACUCUAGAUGCAUUAGGACGCGAUCACGGGACGACGGAGGAGAAGAAGGAGGAGGAAGAGGAGGGAUGAGAGGGAAUGCGCUGGUCAUACUGAUUGAUCUGGAGAAAUUCGCAGUGCCAUUUUGUCCCGGAAACGUUACAACGACUGCAUGCGACCGCGGUACCGUUUUGCGCGACUAACCGAGCAAGUAUGCCGAUCGACGUGUUGCAGCAGCGAAGAAAACGCAGGUACUGCAUGUAGCAGGAUGCCGAUGCAACUUGAUGCAAGAUGAAUGGCGAAUCGUGCGCACCAUAGAGACGCCAGGUCGGCAUAGAAAUGGGCAACAACAGCAGCAGCUCCCAUCAAUAUUGCGCGUCCAACGGGCCGUCGCAGGAGAUUGCCGGACGCGGGUGGACGCAGUCCUUCCCCCGGGAGCUCGGGAGGCAUCACCCUCAGCAGCCGACGGGACACAAGGUCCUGCCGGAGCCGCCCAAUCAGCGGCUACGCGCCACCAAUAAUGGAAGCAUCAUUCACAACGGUGGAACCAUAAGCGGCCGUAGGCCGCCGGCCCUCACGCUUCCGCACGACCUUAAUAAGCAGGGAAUAUUUCGCAGCCGCAGCACCUCGGCGUCGAACAUCGGCGCGUCGCGCGGCCGCAAGAUCGAGCACAAUUGCUGCUACUACGGGAACGGAACGAGAUGCUGCAUGGAGAACGAGAUGCAGGAGCUCAAAAGAUUCGGCAGCGAGCCCGAUCUGCGGUACUCGCCGAUGGCGCGGGAAGCGGCGCGCUGCAACGGGAAGCAGCAACAGCAUCAGCACGCGAUGGAGCAUCGGCAUUGCGGAAGCGGGCAUUAUCCCGAACGAGAGUGCAGGGAGCGAGAGAGCCGGUACAGGGGCAAAAAGAAAUACAAGGCACCGGCGCCGCCGUCGAACGGCGUCGUUGACGGAUCGUCCCCGGAUUCUUACAGGAAUCUUGGGUCUAGAUAUAAUGAAUCUGGCCAGAAUCGACCGGGUGGUUGCCGCGGUGACGAAGAGAUCCAACCGCCACCGAGGCGAUCGCGUCUCUUCAAGACGCGAGCGGAGACGAAGAGAGCGCAAGUCAACUGGGUCUCCUCUUCCUCGCAAACUCAGGCCAUCGCGGAACGUUGCGAGAACGGUGCCAGCGGACUGGAGAACGAGCGACGGUGGCGAGGCGAGGACGGUCGCGUUGCCAACAAGGAGAACAGGCUAGUUUGGCGCGAUCAGAGCAACCAUCCCCAUCAGGAUCGCUGGUGUCGGGACGAGCAUAGGCGUUCGCGGAUCUUCGAUGGCAAGAAUACGCUGCAGAGGAGCAUGAGCAGUCCGGAGUUCCAGGCGGAAUUGAUGCAAGUGGCCAGGAAGGUGCGCAACAAGCUCAACUGCGGCGGCAGGUCUUCUGUGGAGUCAGCGAUCUUGGAGCGCAACAGCGACACUGGUGUCAGUCGGUCCGCGAAAGAGUCGAAGCUCGAGGAGGCAAAGAGGCCAGAAAAGCGAUCAGCGAAAAGUGAGGAGAGUUGCCCCGAGGAACACGUGAUCGAGAACAGGAUCGAGGAGAGGCGAUUGACCGAUCGUUGCAAUCGAUCUGAAAAUAAGCGUAACUCGUAUGACGAGCGAAAAGGGAACGCCCGCGAUCCCGGCAGGACUAAGGACUACUUGGAGGAGAGGCAAGCGGAGGCAGUAUCGGGCGGCAAGAGACGACUCGUCGAGAAACCGGCGAUGUACAACGAAUCCUCUGCGAUGCACCCUAAAGAACCUCUUCGGAAAAGUCCGAAAGAUCGCCUGGACGUCGUGGGGCAUUCGUCGGAAGAAAAGUUCUCGUCGGAGAAGCAUCGAAGAGAGCUUCUCGAGGACUAUCAGCGAGCGAAGAGUGUCGCUAAGAGUCGAAAGUACGAAAACGCGGUAGACUCGGGGAGAACCAGAUCGGAGAGUCCAGUGAGGCCUUACAUCAGGGUCACGGAUCCUCGCGGGCAGGGUUCCGGGAGGGAAAGCACGCCUGAGCGAACGAGCGAGGCCAAAGAGAGCGAGAAGGAGAGAGAUUCCGAUCGUAGAUGGCGGAAGAGCGACGUUAGGAAUACUGAUGGCGCGCCGGACGAGAAGAGAUGGUCCUGCGAACCUGUUCCCGCGACGGCGGAGAAGAAAGACGCGAAAUCCAAAGAGAAGCUCGCGAGAAAACCAGAAACCAAGGAAGUCGUUCGCGAGAAAAAUUGGCACGUACUACCGUUGCCGGAGAAAUCCGCACCGAAGACCUUCUACUUCGGCAUGGACGAAGCAUUAUCGAAUGAGUCGCGGAACUGCGUGGAUCAGCACAUGGAACAAAUCCAAUCCAGGUUGCAGGCUAGAGAGAUUAAUGGAUCGAUCGAAUGCCACGACUACACGGAUGAUGGGAAGAGUGGAAUCGAGGACAUCUCAUUAAAAUUGCGACCCACGUUACCCAAGAAACAGCUGGAGAUCCCACGAUUCUCACCGUCAGCAGCAUGGAGAUUACUGUCAGCGUUGGAAGCACCUGGGCCAACCAUGAGCACGGCGAGCGAGGAAGUUCCGGUGAUGUUCGAGGAGCGUAUCGAACGUCUGUCGAGGCCGCCUCCGCCGCUUAUCGCACUUGGUCCGCGCAGCUCGCACGACAAGUCGGGCGAUUCCGGCAUAUCCGGGGACGCCGGCGCGGCGAACGACGACUCGUUGGACGUCAGCACCAAUACCAAUAACAAUCGAUUGAAAACGCCGGCGACAAGGCCGACGUGGACGCCGCAGCAGGACCUAGGCGAAGAGUCCAGCAGUGACGCUGGAGUGGAUUCACCGCCGCCGAUGCCGACCCCAGUGAAAUUUCCACCCAGAGCGCACGUGUUCUCGUUGUCAUUGCCGCGCGACGACAAUCGCAUGUAUUUGUACAAUCCAGACUUGAAGAAUAAGGAGGGCUCGACUUUCAACUCGCUUCAGAAGCUGAAGAGAUCAGUGUCGGGCGCCCUUGGACUCGGACCGUUGGAUCUGGAGAGGAAACGCACUCGCGAUGUUCUCGAUGAUAACUGGCUGCUGUCGACAAGCGCUCCGACGUCGCUGCAGCAUACUCAAAUCACGGACGCGACGCGAUCCUCACCGCCCGGGUGGAAGCCUGGUUUCGACGAUGAGGAUGAUGAUGAGAUCCUAGCGGAUGAUCUGGAGGAUCGCGGUGACUUUCCCGUGAUCAUGAAGCCACCAUCAUUCUCGUAUUUGGCUUCCGGCGGUCAUGUGAUGUACCUACCCGAGUCCAAUGAUUCUCAGUAUCAGCCACAAAGUUUGAACUACAGGAAUAACAUUGUGACGGAAAAUUUCGAGAAGAACUCCGGUAACAGUUCCGGACCAAAGUAUCGUAAAAAUGGUGUAGACGAAUUCAGGAAACCGAGUAAGGAUAUAGAGAGGACGAACAAGCAUCCCAAAGAAUCAGUCAUUUUGAAAGAGAAGUCUUUCGCGAAUGACGGAAAAGUAAAUACUAGAUUUUCCAAGUCGUGCGACAACAUUUCCGAGAUGAAGCAACGAAGUACUUCGCCGCCCGUCGGUGGUCAGCAGAAUUUGCAGGAUGAUAAGGAGAUUGCGCCGGAAGUCAAGACGCCGUUAAAGAACAAUUCGAAAGGUCGCAGAUUUACGUUCCAGAGUACUGUACGGCAGAUUGAGAGGCGCAGAUUAGCGGAGAAGCUAUCGCGGGAGGCGGAAGCCAAGGAAAGGCAGAGGAAAGGCGAAUUGGAGGCGAUGCGUAAAGUAGAGGAGGAGUUCCAACGGAAACGAGCCAGAGAGAAGGCGAAUAUUAGGCAGCAACUUCGUUUGUACAGCAUGGAUGAAAACAUGAGUAGUUUACCUACCGUAUGGGACAACUCGCAGUUAUCUCGUGCGGAUCCGGACGGCGCGCCAUCGUCAUCCGCGUCAUCACCCACGUCAGUUCCACCGGCGAAACUCACGACCAUACGAAAGAGCAGCGUCAGCAGCGAUGAAUAUUUACGUAAGAGAGCGUCCAGCGCGGAUUCCCGACAGCAGCAGCAACAGCAACAUCAACAGCAACCGCGGGAGUACAAAGAUUACCGGCCAAAGUAUUACGACUGGGCGCCCACCGACUCGUCGUCGCAUCUGGAGUACAAGCAGACCACGGUGCAUCCUAAGGUGGUAUGCGACAUUCCCAAGAGCUCGCCCAUCUUCGUGGACGCGCAUACGAACAGCAAUAAAACGGCGAAUCUUAGUUCUACACCCAGAUCCGACAAUUACAGGAAAGAUUUUGCUCACGGGGCCGUGGCAGCGAGAUCUUCCUUAGCGAGCAGCGACAGUGAGCUGUCGCAACCGAAUACGAGACCGCAUUCCAGACAAGCUGUCGGCAAGAGCAAACCCUUACGGUCUAGGUCGGCUAGUCCAACGCGCAGCGAGGAAGCCGUCAGCACGGAGGAUGAGACCCCGGUGGAGCCGAUCAAGCAGGAACGAAGCCGCAUAAACGGCUUCGUAUUGAACGGAGUGCAGCCUUUUGUGAGGGAGAAGAGCUAUCGACCUAUUUCUUUCAAUCCCCAACCGCCUCCGCCUAUUCCGAGUUAGAAGCCGUACUGCGGAUCUUAAAAGAGUACUGUAGGCCUUAACUAAAACUGCGCGAAGAGAAUCCGAUUGUAUGUUACUCGUAUAUCUUCUGAUGGGCGCGAAAUGUCGAAGGACCGAAAGUUCAUUCUGCGAAAGCUUUUCCUCGAUCUAUCUAUGCCGAACAAAAACGAAGAUCGACUAUUUCGCGUACGUCAGCUCGUUAAAUAUUAAGCCGAAGGAUUUUUAUGAAACUGAAUGAAACGAAGAUUUUAUAUCGGUUUACAAAGAAGUAAUUGUUUUUACACGAUUUAGAGAAUGUCCUCUGAGAAAGCUCGGUACUCUCUUCGAGCGAACAUAACGAUCGCUGUAGUGGUGCAACGCGACGAUCACUGUUCGCGUUUCAUGUGCGUGAAACUAAUGUCAAUGUAAUACCUUUAUAUGAUGUGUAACAAGUAACACGAUCUAACUCCUAACCAAAUGUGUUCCGUACGAGAGACUCUCGCUACGUCCAUCUACUAUUUAUGUUUUGUCAUAGGUAUAUGUAUUAACAAAACAGAAGCGGAAUCAAAGAUCAUAAGCUUAUCGCGUGCGCGGCGGCGCGUCGUUUUAUAGCCAGUUAUAAAAGCGCGUCGCGGGGAAAAAUACCAAUAAUACCGGGUGUAUACAUUUACUCAAACAGGUUUAGGGUAGUAUCUUGUAAUUAUGUACAGGUAACAACCGCAGGCGACUGCAAAUAUUUGCUCACGUAAUGUAAUCAAACAAGAGAUAAUGUUGUUAUUGA